ACUUGCUAUACAGCUAUAGACAUUCUGCAAUAUACCGUACAGCUCACAUUCCCGUAUUCCUAUCUGUUCACGAAGUGUGCCUAUCUUAGUUGCAAAGGUAGGAUUUAUAAUGGACGAUUGCGAUUUGGAAAAGCUCUCGGUUGCUCCCGCAAAACUUUUGCCGAAAUUCAAUAGAAAAGUUUUGGAAUAUUCAUCAACUGUGCCAAGCAAUGUAGAGAAGGUCAAAGUUGAUUGUUUGACAAGUGACAGUGGUGCAUCCUAUCAAAUAAUUGGAUCAGGUGGGGAAAAAGUUAUACCACUGAUAGAAGGAACAAUCAAUGAAAUCAAGAUUGAAGUUACAGCAGAAGAUGGAACAAUUCAGAAUUAUGUUCUCAGUAUUAAACGUUUGUCUGCAUCGGAUGCAAUUCUUUCUACACUUGCAUUAUCAGAAGGAGUUCUUGAACCUCAAUUUAGCCUGGAUGAAACGGAGUAUUUAUGUAAAGUGCCAUGUACAGCUGAGCAGGUAAUAGUGAAAGCAACAGCACCCGAUAAACAAUGUGAAAUAUUAGUAGAUGGACAACCGGUCGAUACUCCUGUUAUAUUAAAUGUAGGAGAAACCAAGACUAUUGUCAGUGUGAAGUCAGUUGAUGGAAAAAAUACAAAGGAUUAUGUUAUAUCUGUUGUGAGAAAGCAACUUUUGUGGCCAAUGUUCAUCAAAGAUAAAAAGACUGCUUUGAAGUAUGAAUGUCCUAUGACAUUGUCACCCCUCUACUGCCCUGUAUCUAUUAAUGGAAGUGAACCAAAAGCUGUAAUAUCACAACAUUGUAUGGACAUGUUUACUAGAAGAUCAAAGGUUAAUCCACUUGAUGAAACAAAUUUGGAACCAGAUUGGAGAUGUAUUGAAUAUGAUAUUGAUAAAGAUAUCACUGGCUGUCUGGCAUUGUCGUUAUACAGUUAUAAAGGUUGCAAGGAUGAAAUUUCACUUGGUAAAAUGGCAGACCAUGCUAUUAAAAGUGAGCACAAACCAAAAUCUGAACUUGAUCAAGCAGUAGUGACCGGUUCUGACUGGUAUAAAGCAGAAUUUGAAGGUUCGUCAGCUUCAUCAGCAUCUGGUGUUAAACACACUAUUCAGGUACGAAACUGGGAGAAACGUCUUCAGCAUAUGGCAGCAGAUUCGAAUGUUGAUAAACUCAUUAAGUCAGCAGAAACCUACAUCAAAAAAUACAGGCAAGCACUACCUAAGAAGAUGGGUGAUAUAAUGAGAUAUGCAAAUGGUGAAUCUCCUGUUGAUUAUUUGCAUCAAGCAUCUGUUUGCUAUGCUGCCGCAAUCAAAGGAAAAUCUAAAGAUGCAAAUCUUCAUCUAAGAUUAGGAUUUGUAUUGGAAGAGCAAUAUUAUUUGCAAGAAAUGUAUGGGCUUGAGAAAAAGGAAGAAGAUGAAGCAGCCGGCACUGACAUGGCUGCAAAGGAAAGUUCAAAGGAAGAUGACAUUCAAGCAAUUUGCAAAAUGAAGGGAGUGGGGCCCGGUGCGCCGUUAUCUUUACAACUAAAGGCAAUAGAUGAUGAAUACCACAGUCUUUUGGAUCGAGGUCUAUCUUCCAAAGCUGAUUAUGUUAUGGCUCUGUACAGUUGGAAGUCGAAGCAAGCAGUCAAGGGUGGCCAAACAGCCCAGAAUGCAUCUGAUGACAGCAAUCCGUUAGGACAAGCAUAUUUGAAAUAUCUUGAUGCACUUGCUACAAACCCAAAUGAUCACACAUAUAAUCUUCAUGUUGGUCGUAUGAUGUUAGCACAAGAAAAUCACAAGGAAGCAAUACCAAGACUUCAACAGGCUGUGGGACUUAAACCGACAAGUGUAAUCGGUCGGUUUUAUCUUGGUCUCACACUCCUAACACAAGAAGGAGGACCUGGUCCAAGAGAAAAAGAAGCUUUGGGUUACAUGCAUGAUGGAUUAGAACAUUUAAUGCUUGUGAGGCUGGAAGAGGCUUCAGCGAAAGCUACCAGCAAUACGAACCUUGGUUGUGAAGAUCCAUGGAGUAUUUUCAAUGUACACAUCUUACGAGGAAUGUAUAUUUUUGCACAAUAUUUGGAAAAGAAUCCGCAAACAGGAUUUUUUUGCACAGCAAAGGAAAUUUACCAUUGUAUAUGUUUGCAUGCAUCUGUUGCUCUCACAACUUUCCAUGCACGGAAUGAUAUUUUCAAGCAGUUGGAAUGGUUGGUGCUCGAUUGUCACUACAGUUUGUUAGAACUAUUGAUGAAGCAACCACCAGCAUCUAUUGAUGAAGAAUUGAUUUCCAAGAGAUGCAAUUAUUUGUCUGCACUUAUCAGAAAUGUAACCAUUCCACAGAAUGACGAUUUGCUACAACUGCAAGAAAAGGUUUGUCAAAAACUAGUCACCAUUCAGCCAUGUAGUAGUCGUUCUCUAUAUCUUCUUGGAGUAUCUCAGUUGGCUCGUUAUGACAAUGACCCCAAGUCAGAGUUUGGUGAACGAUCUCUCAAAGAUUGCAGAUUGAGUUUUCAUUCCAGUAUUUCAUUAGAAGGCAAACCAGCAUCAGGGAACGCCCCAGAUGAGAUUUCAAAUCAAAAAUGGUGGCAAGAUCGCAUUGCUGCGGAAAAAGCAAAAAAUAAGCCAGCUGAGAAAACUACCCCUACAGGCGCGGCAGCUGGAGGACCUCGGGGAAGAGGUGCACCUCGUGGUCAGGCUCGUGGUGUACCAGCACGUGCAAGAGCAGCUCCUGCCAGGGGUGCUCCUGCAGCACGUGGCACCCCUGCUGCAAGAGGUAGAGCAGGGGCCACUGCUUCUGCAAGAGGGGCUCGUGGAGGAAGGGGAGGAGUGACAACCCCCACAGCGGCUUCUUCGAAUACGAAAUGUGAUAAACCAGCACCAGCCAAGAAUGCUGAGGAGUCAAAACCUGCUUCUCCAACAUCAACUGUGAAUAAAUCAGAUAGGCCUGCUUCUAUAAAUCGUGUAACUCAUCAUGCAAGACUUGGGCUUGCGAGAGCAUUAACAAGAACUGAAGAUACAAUCAAAGAUGCCAAAGAUAAAUAUGAAGAAGUUAUAAAAAUGGCCCCUGAGGUUCAUGAUGCCUACAUCGAACUCGCGGAAAUCCUGAUGAAAACUGACCCUCUUUCCGCAGUCGAUGUUUACUGCAGAUUUCCAAAGAGUGGUGAAGAAGGAUCUUUUGACGAUGCUUAUCUUAGUGGAGAGAUCGUUCAUAUUUUAAUGAAACAUGAAAAAUUUGAUGAUGAUAGAUUGUGUGAACAUAUGGUAGCAUGGGGUAGAGUCAUGGGAAUAGGUGUCUUGGACAAAUAUAUGGAAGUUUUAAACAACAAGUUCAAAACUAAAUUGUUGAAAAGUGUAUAUGCCGGUGUUCAUAGAAAAAGCAUUGAUGAUCCUGACUUGGAAGCAUUCUUUAGAUUUAAAUGUUGGAUCUGAACUAGUUAGUUCAAGCUAAUACUGUUCUGAAUUGAACCUCUUUGCAAUUUAAUAUACAUCAUGAUUUUGCUUGCUUCGAAACUCUUAAAAAUAUCCAAAAUAAUUAAAUGAAAAUAGAUCUAUAGAAUGCCCAAAUCUUUAGACAUGACUGUCAAGCUUUGACCCAUGUUCUGUUAUCACCUUGAUACCUUUGUGCAUCUGUUUAUUUUUAAAUGUUAUAUCGUUUCAUAUUAGAUUUUUUUAAAUUACCGUAGAUAUAUAUCCUUGGGUGUCAUUGCUUGAUAACUAGUUUGGGCUUCGAGUGGCUUCCCGUCCCAGUAAAACUGUGUAAUUAUCAUUUUCAUGCAAUUUGGGUAGAUUGAUUUUUAUUUUACUGGUUGGAAAAAUGACUUGACAUGCCUUGUAUAAUAAAGAGUAAAGUAUCAGAAUAACAUUUAUUUAUAUUUAUUGUGUUUCUGUGUGUUCUGAAUCACACUGCUUUUAGAUGACUACAGUUUAUUCUGUAAUUGUGUUUCAUUUUGUGAUCUAUCACCGGUAUAUCUAAGCCGUGUGUAGUCACACAUUACCAAGCCCCUGACUGUAUUUUUGUUUGUGUCAAAUAAUUUUGAUAAAGCUUAUGUAAUUGAUUGUCAGUUACCGUACUUCAUGAAGGGUAGCGUAAUUCGUUCCUCUGUUUUAUACAAAAUUAUUUUUCAAGAUGAGCUAUCACAUUAUUACUGUCAGAUUCAAUUAACUUUUCUCUAUUUAUUAAAUUCAUUUUGGAAAAAUAGAGAUUUUUAGUUUACAACACUGUUCUUCUACUUUUGUUUAUUAAAAAUGUGGAAUGUUAUUUUAACAGGAACAGCCUGGUUUCUGUUUGUUGUACAUAGGUUCUGAUGCACUCUGUCUUGUCUGCCGUUUAUUCUUAUAAUUUUACCUAUCUGUUAUCCAGUCACUUUGAAAUAGCGUGUUAUUUAUAUUAUGUCACUGUAGUUCUGUUGCCUUAGUUUUCAAUUUUUUAUCAAUAUAUACUAUAUAGUUUGGAAGGAAUAUUGAAAACUUUAAUACAUUGAAAUUGUCAUUUGUCUUGUAUUGCAAAGAGUUGAAAAUGUGGACCAGCGAUCUAGAGAUUGGGGUUAUACACAUUGUGAAUAGCUCUGCAAUAUAUCCGAACAUCCGAGAAUAUCAGCGCGCACAAUAUUUUUUAAAUAUUCCGUACUAUCCUGAUUAUUUUUUGAGCAUUAGAGAUAAUGAUUGCUAUUUGAAAGUUCUUUGAUCUUUUCUGGAUCAAACCUGGUCAUUAUGUUAUUUCACAUAAUAUAUUUUUUCGUUACCAUCUUAGUGUAUUGAAUGCGAAAUUCAUUCCCAUAAGGCAUAAGCGAAUGUAAACGUUUGCGAAUAUCUUUUACUUCAUAAUGUAACGCAUUGGGCUGCAGAGUUUUGGUGAAAUUUUAUUAAACUUGAAAGUUUCUCGGUCCUAAAAACGACUCCGUACUCCUGAUUGAAAGAAAUUUCGAAUCCAGGUCAAAUCCACGAAAAGUAGAUUUUGGUAACUGCUCAUUCAUCCUCUUUUAAUUUCCGUCCGAAAUUUGACUUCAAAUACCUCUAUUUGAAGGCUUGAGUUUCGUCUCUCAGGAAAUUUAAAUUGUGUCCUCGACUCGGAAUAGUUUAAAAAUACACUCCAAUAUUAAUGAAAACGCGUUCGUCAAUAAUAAAAAAAAACGUAUUUAUUGAAAUUGUGAGUGAAAAAUUAUUUCAAGUUUGUGUCUAACAUUUAAUACCGAAUGUAAAUGAUGUGAAAUCGAGAAUCGAUAACAGAAUUUAAACACAAUGCAAAAUAAACGAUUAUACAUGGAA